AUGGAAGCAAGUUCGAGCGGUCUUCCUGCCCUGGCUCCACCAAUGUUCGAUGAGGAGAACUAUCAAGCUUGGGCAGUAAAAAUGCAAGCCUACAUGGAGGGUUGUGAAAACUGGGAAGCAGUAGAAGACGACUAUGAGGUGGUUGCACUUCCUGACAAUCCAACCCUGAAUCAAAUCAAAAAUCACAAGGAGGGAAAAACUAGAAAAGCCAAGGCCAAAGCCUGUCUGUAUACUACUGUUCCACCAGCCAUUUUCAGUAGAAUUAUGGCUUUUUUUUUUUCUAAGGCAAUAUGGGACUUCCUCAAAGCAGAGUACCAAGGAGAUGAAAAGAUCAAGAGCAAGAAGGUGUUGAAUUUGGUCAGGGAGUUUGAGAGAUUGCAAAUGAAAGAGUCUGAGACAAUCAAAGAGUAUUCGACCAAGUUGAUUGACAUUGCAAACAAGGCAAGAAUGUUUGGCACUGACCUCUCUGAGAAUAGGUUGGUGCAAAAAAUCCUUGUUUCUUUGCCUGAGAGGUACGAGGCAACCAUUGCUUCAUUGGAGAAUACCAGGGACUUGUCUCCGAUCAAGCUGGCAGAAUUGGUCAGUGCUCUGCAAGCACCUGAACAAAGGAGGUCGAUGAGGCUGAAAGGAAGUGUUGAAGAGGCUUUAAGGGCCAAAGUGCAACACAGCUCUGAAGGAAAAGAGAAGAAGUGGAAAGGGAAGAAGGGAAGUGAUAGUAACUCAGAGGUUGCUGCAGGAGAAGACAGUGCAGGCAACAAAGGAGGAAGAUAUUCUCCACGCAAACACUGUGGUAAAAAGAGUCAUCCCCAUUUUAGAUGUUGGAGAAGGCCAGAUGUAAGGUGCAGGAGAUGUCAAAAAAUGGGACACAUUGAGAAGUUUUGCAAGGAGAAGGGAGAUUAG